GAAAAAGAAAAAGAAAAAGAAAGAAAAAAACUUUUCAUCUUCUCCGUCUUGCUUUUAAUUUCCUUUCAUUUCCCUACUGCAUUGGCUGAGAAAAUUCUAGGUUUACGGAGUCGGAGACCGUGAGCUUGAGGCUAACAGAUGGGGGAAGAAACGAUUAAAGCUGCAGUAUGGUAUAAUGGUAAAACUGUCAAUCAAGAUGGAAACAACCCACGUUAUGUUGGUGGUAUAGUGAAGUUCAUCGAUGUAGAUCCAAAUACAAAGGUGGAGGUGUUUCUUUGCACUGUUCGAGACAUUUUUGGCAUACCUGAAGCAGUUCCUAUUACAAUGAAAUACCACAUUUUCUUUUCUUCGGAGAUAUCCAAGCUUCUUGAUAUUACUCCUUACGAGUCGCUAAAGUUCAUGCUCCAACCUGGUCUUAUGCUACACCCUUUCUAUGUCGAGGAGAAUGUGGUUGAAGAUGGCACUGGCACAUACCCAAACAUGCAGAGGUGUAGCCGAUCUGCUAGAAACUCCAAUGCUAUUCAGUCGCCUUCAACCGGAGUAGAAAUUUCUGUCAAGCCAAGUGCUCGUAUACAUGUUGAUGGUUCUUUGAACCAUGCACAAAACAGUUUCCAAGCUCCAGUGCCGAAUCCCAUUCCCGCGAGGCAGCCCAAUAAACCAAGCGUGAGGGACCGAGACGAACCGGUCAGAUCAGUAAAAGUUGGUGACGGUGUUGGAAGGACUUCUUCUACGAAUAGCUCACAGAUGCGGAUAUUUAUCAAGUCACUUUGUGGUCUGGUAAAAACUUUAGAUGUUGAGAGAACUGAAACUGUUGGGAGCCUGAAGGAAAGGAUUCGCAAAACAGAAGGCACUGCAGCCAAGGAUCAAAGACUAAUCUAUGCCGGUACUUGGGAGUCAUUCGGAGCAAAAGAAGGAAUAAAGCACUCUUUUGGAGCAUAAGGGCAGAAUCGUCAAUUCGCAGGCGAGUGGUGGCUGGAGCUAGCCAAGGUUAUGCGGCGAAGAAGGGGAAGAAUGAACUGUCAGUUUCCCAUAACUGACAGGCCAAACUAUUUGAGGUUGUACCCCUUAUCUAUGUUACAUGGGUGGAUAUAUAGGGUAGCCAUAUGGGUAACCCUUAUCUCAGGUGCUGGGGUGGCUAUAUCCACAACAUUUCUUACACAGCCCUAGAAGUUAGAGAAAAUCAUUUCUCAUCAUUUAUUUCUCCUCCUCCCUGUAUGAACCCGAGAGAAAGCAUCUCCAUUAGGGAAAAUCAGAGAAACUCAGUGAGAUUGAGAAGAAAUUGGUGAUGCUGUCGUGUUGAAUCAGCAAGAAGAAAGGUGUAAUCAAAUUGCAGAAUAGUAUUGAUGAGAUGUUGGUGAAUCGGGAAGAAAUCGAGUUGAAGAAACUUAGGGUUUUGCUGUUGCUCUCUGAGUUCAAAUGAGAAGAUAAAUUGCAGAUGGGUUUUUCUCAUUCUGAAGAUUCAACAACAACAGAUGAAUUGAAGUUGCUGUUGAUUGCAGACUUAGAUGUAUGACAGGUUAGGGUUCUCCUGGUGGUGAUUGACAGUGAAGAUGGUGGUCGACUUUGGGUAUGAAUUGGUUUUGAUUGAGAAGGUGAGUUAGGGUUCUGUGGUGUUUGAAGAAUGGAAAGUGGUUCAGAUUGAGAAGACACGGGGUAUGUUGUUGCAGAGAAGAACGAAAUUUCAGAUCGAAUUAGAACUGUUGUUGGUGGAGGAAAUGGUUCAGGAGGUGUUGAUUAGGGUUGCUGAGGUUGAAGUGGUGCAGCUACUGGUUUGAACUGCAGGUGGUGGUGCUGUUGGCGAAGAGCAGAGUGAGAAGGCUUGAAUUGGUGGUUAGUGCUCAGCAGCUGAGAAGGAGCAGAUGGAGAAUUUUAGGCUGCAGUUGGUAUGUGCUGGGAUGGCUCAAGUUUCUGGAGCCGAACUUGGUAUUGCAGGUACCAGCAAUAUGAGCUACUACAGAUGGUGGUGCAGUAGAUGAAUUGGAUUUAAGUUGAGCUGCAACUAAUGGUGAACUAGUGUUGCUGCAAUGGUUGCAAAUGCAGAUGCUGCUGAUGCUGUUGCUGUUACAGGGUGAGUUGCUGUUGGUGUUUCUGCUAAGGUGUUGAGUUACUGAAGUUGCAACUGUGUUUGGUUAUGGAGGCAAUGAGCUAUAGAGAAUGCAAUGGUCAUGGUGCAGUGACUUUGAGUUAUGUCCUGAGCUGGUCAGUGCUGAACAAAGUGUAGGUGAGAUGCUGAUGCUGCUACUCAUUGCAGGUGUUGGUCAGUUGGCAAAUAUGGCUAGAAUGGAAGAUUGCAAGGCUGAGAUGUUGUUACUACAGAUGAAGAGCCUGAACUGGAACUUGAGAUGAAUCUGGGGAAGAAUUGAGUUGCAUUGUGAAUGGUGGACUGAGUGUGCAGUUGCAGGUGCAGUUUUGUGUUGAUGCUACACUGAGGCUAGAGCUGAAAUAGGGUUACAGUGAUGUUGCAACUGAAGCUGAGACAAGACUGAGUUGUGGUGAGUGCUAUGAAUCUGUAAAUGGGUUAUUUCAAUUGCAAUUGAUGUUGCAAUGAAGAUAUGGAGAUGGUUAUGAAACUGCAGCUAGGAAAGAUGAACUGGAAGCUGGUGAUUAAGUGAGAAUUGUAUGUGCAGGAAAGCACAGCCAUCAUGGCUGGAACAGAAGCACAAUGAUUGUGCAACACAGAUGGUUUGACAGCACAGAUGGCCUGACAAGAUAGCCUGCCAUCAUGGUUGUACAUCAGUUCUGACAGCUCAGGCCUGACAGUUCUGGCCUGGUGAAUUCAGCCCAGCUAACUCAGCCAUCCAGCUGAGUAAGAAGCUGACUAGACGAGCUGACUCCCCUGAUCCGGUUUGAUUCUGACCUUGACUGAGUUGACUGGCCGAGUUGACUCAGUUGACUGACCGAGUUGACCCGUUUGACCGGUGACCGGGCAGACUUUGCCGGCCAAUUUCCGGCGACUUUCCGGGCCCGAAUUGACAAAGUUUCUACACGAGUUUUUAUAACUUUUGGACCACGCGGAUUUUCAUCUAAUGGACUUUGAAGAUUGAGCCUAAUUUUGGAAGGCAAAGGGAUAUAAAAGAAGACUCCUACAACUAUUUGGAUUAUCACGUUUAUUAUUAUUCUUCUUGGAGCUUUGGAGAGAACUACUUCUAGGGUUUGCUUUAUUUUCUUCUUCUUAAUUAUUUUAUUGAUUAUGAACUCCUCUAUUAUGAGUAACUAAAUACACAAUUGGUUAU